CGAGGGGAGAAUGAAGGAGACUGAUCGAGCUGCUCGCCGGUGCUCCAACUCAAACUUCAGCAGAGACGGACUCGAGAAGAACUGGUUAACCAAGGGAUCAUGCCACCACUGAAAAGUUCUGCAUCCUUUCAUGAGCAGAGACGAAGUUUAGAACGAGCUCGGACCGAGGACUACCUGAAGAGAAAGAUCCGCAGUCGUCCAGAGAGAUCAGAACUGGUCAGGAUGCACAUUCUUGAAGAGACGUCAGCAGAGCCGUCUCUUCAGGCCAAGCAGCUUCUGCUGAAACGAGCUCGACUAGCCGAUGAUCUGAAUGACAAAAUCUCCCAGCGGCCCGGUCCGAUGGAGCUCAUUCACAAAAACAUCCUGCCAGUGCACAGCAGCCUCAAACAAGCCAUCAUAGAGACAGAGUUUCCAAAAGUAGAAGCGGAGAACUCUUCAUUUGACGAGGAAAGCAGUGACGCGUUCUCACCGGAGCAGACACUCCACCAGGACUCUCCCCUCGGCCAAGGACACUUACCUUCCCCACCUGAGAUACUGGCCAAUGAAACAACACCAAAACAGGUCCCGCCUCCUCCUCCUCCUCCACCGCUGCCAAACACAGCUGGUCCUGCCCCUCAGCAGAAACUAGCCAAUGGAACAACAGGCCACAAGCAAGCUCCUGCACUACAAAAGGGUGGUAAAGUGGGUAGUGAGCGCCCUAUUCAGCGCUUUAAGAAGGUGAGAGAUAACAAACCAAAAGUGAAGAAGCUGAAGUAUCACCAGUAUAUUCCUCCGGACCAGAAAGCCGAGCGUGAGCCUCCACCUCUGCUCGACUCCUCCUAUGCCAAACUCCUCUAUCAACAGCAGCUCUUCCUCCAGCUGCAGAUCAUCAACCAACAGCAGCAAAACUACAACUACCACACCAUCCUGCCUGCUCCACCCAAGCCUCCUGCUGAUCAGCAGCCUGCCUCAGCCAAUGGCCCGUCGCCAUCCAAAAAUAGCAUGCCCCCUCAAUCAACAUCCACUAAUCUGACUGGCCAGAAUCAGCAGAUCACUGCAAUUAAAAUAGGGCCUCUGCCUCCCAACCUGGAUGAGCUAAAGGUUGCAGAGCUGAAGCAGGAGUUAAAAGUGCGAGGCUUAACCGUCUCAGGCGCCAAAAAUGACCUAAUUGAACGGCUGAAGAAUUUUCACGGGCAGAAUGGUGGCACCAAUGCACCAGCAUCUUCUAAAACCAACACAUCAUCAACCCCUGUAUUGGGAGGAGUCUCUUCCUCCACCCAAUCAGCAGACAGGAGCGUGGUGGUUGCUUCCUUCCCAUUUGUAGCAACUGCAGAAAGGGGUGGAGCUCAGACGACAGCGUCUCAGAUAAUGCAGUUUGGCAGCACUAGCUCCUCCCCUCCGGUUUCCCCCGCCCACUCAGAGCGCUCAUGGACUGGAAUGAGCCCAGAUGAAACAAGCUGUAAUGGGGAUGCUUUUGGGGAAAUGGUGACCUCUCCUCUUACCCAGCUCUCCUUGCAACCUUCUCCUCCUCUCCCCUCCACGAUCUGCAUUAAAGAGGAGCCCGGCAGCCGGACGUCUCGGUCCUCCUGCUGUUUGGUGUCCCAGUCUGCAGCGCCCCCUAUAGACAAGGACCAGAUGCUGCAGGAGAAGGACCGGCGCAUUCAGGAGCUCACACGCAUGCUGCUGCAGAAGCAACAGCUGGUCGAAUCUCUGCGCUCGCAGCUGGAGGGCAAACAGGUGAGCCUGCCAGUCCGACUGAAAGAUGAACUUCCUGGUUUCACUAUGGAGGCGGUCAGGGCGACCAUAAAGAAAGAGGUCAUAGAGGUGAUUGAAGACAGCGAGAUGGUGACAGAGCCGCCCGUAUUCCCGCAGACGCAGUUGCAGCAGCAAAGGAUGGUGGCUACAAUAGAGCUGGAGCAGGACCGGCAACAGCAGCUCAUAAUGCAACAGAAUCAGCGCAACCUGCAGCGACAAGCACAUCAGAGGAAGAGGAAGACACAAAAACAACAGCACAACCAACAAAAACAACAGUUGCCUCAAGCACUUACCAACCAGCAGUCAAGUCCUGUUUCUUCAUUCCCAGUGGAUGUACUGAACCCAAACUCCACCCCCACCAUAGUGACCGACAGCAAUGGCAACCAGUUCCUGCUAACACUGUCGAAUCAAAACACAGAGGCACCUGCCAGAGGCCGCCGCACCCAGAGCAAAAGACUGCAGUCUGCACCCACCAUGUUACACAACCAAUCAGUGACUGAAGUGCUUAACAGUAACAACCAAUCUGAACAGCCCAUACAAACUGUCAUUUUGAAACAGCCAAUCAAAAAGGCACUAAAGCCAGACCUAAAUGUGACGACCAAUUACAAAUCAUCAAGCUGUACAUCCGUCUCAUCACCAGCCAAUAUCCAACCAUUCUUCUCUCCAGUGGAAUCCAUGAACGACACCGAGCCCAUCCCCUCAUCUCCCAACAACAACAACAACGAGAAUGGCUGUCACCAGCAGGUUGACGACCUGUUUGACAUCCUAAUUCAGCGUGGAGAAAUCUCUGAGAAUUUCAAAACCACGCCUGAUCCUGUUCUCGAAAGGCUUCGGCCGAACACGCCCCUUUCCUCAAGCUCCUCCCCUCUCAGUCUUUCCCGUCCUCCUGAUAUGCCCCUCAAAACUUUAAUUUUAGAACCUCAGCUUCCUUCAAUUAAAGCACACCGCAACUGUGACACAGGAGGGGGGCGUCUUGAAGAUUUCCUGGAAAGCACUACUGGCAAACCUUUGCUGGGAGUGGAGCCAGGAGGACCGACGACGCUAAUUGUUGACCUCCACAACCAAAUGCUCAGCACACCGAGUAUCCUAGACCACCCACGUUCCCCAAUGGAUACAUGUGACAUGAGUUUUUCCAGUCACUUGCCUUCAGAUUUGAUAGACUCCGCCCACGAUCCUAUGGAUUGGAUGGAGCUCGGAAUGGGCGGGACUGGAGGGGAGGGGCCUGGGAUGGUACACAUGAAUGGACACGAGUCCUCUAGCUUAUUUUCCACAGACUUUCUGGACACUUCUGAUCUGAAUUGGUCCAGCUUAUAGUUCAUGGGAUAUUGAAAACUGCUAUAUUUUUGGAAAGGGCCUAUUGUGUGCUUCCUUUACAUAGUACGGUUAUGGUUUGUUUCCACCAGUGACAAGUAUGGAUAUUCAAAAUACUAAUUUAACUUGGAUUAUGUUACAUUUUGACGGACUUUAUCCCUCUCCUUUGCUUGCACAAACGCUCACACCCCUGAUAGCACACAUAUAUAUCACAGAGCCGUCUAUAUAUAUCGUUUUUAUCUGGAAGGUGUCAUUUGUUGUGCUUUUGUUCAUCUGAAACACAUUACCUAAAUAUUUCAAAUUUGGAUAUUUGAACAAGAUUUUUUUGUGUUUUUUAUUAUUUAAAAUCUGUGAAUUGCUCUUAUAUUAAUGACACUUAAAACAAGAUGCUUUCUAGAUGAUGGAGUCUUUCAAACGCCUCGGUGAUGUAUGUGUGCUUAUGGAAACAUGCAUACAAACAAGCAAUAGACCCGGGUUUUGCAUCAAUUUUAGCUAAUUCAUUCACUAAGUGCAGCUUUCGAAUUAAAUUCACCUUUUAAUUUGAUUGUGCAGCAUUAAACAAAAAAAAAUCUGAUUUGUACCUGCUUUAUCAAAUAUAGCUGGUAAACUUAUGCGUACUCGUUAUUAAAAACUCAAUAGCUUUGAAAUAUACACCUGGAUUUUACUAUUUAUAGUACUGAAGUAAUGUUGCUAAAAAUUUUAUAAUAUAAGCCAACUGGUUUUGUAAAAAAAAUUUUUUUAGCAUUGACAUUCAUUUUAGCAUAAGGGUAUUAAUAAUAAUG